AUGCUACUGUCAAGACUUCUACUGCUGCCAUUUGCGGUCGCAUCGUCGGUCACGCUUUACGUCUCCUCCGUUCCAGCCUCAGGGGACAGCGCCGUCAUCCCCUCGCCGAUUCCGCUUGCGCAGAUCGAAUACGACGCAGACCAACCCGUUGGCACUUUAGCCUCCUUCACACCACCCACAGGCUCCUACGCCUCUGAUCACCUUCUUCGCGUUGGCCUCACCGACCCUAAAUCUGGCUCAUGGCGAGGCAUUGUCACGUCAGCGGCCAGUUUCUCCGACCAAUACCACAAGAAGUUCAUCAUUCACGUUGAUGAGAAGGGGGAGCCUUUCCACAUUGGAUUCGGAACAAGCGCAAAAGGCAGCGAAGAUGAAGUGGAGGUGGAGAUAAGGAAGAGGAAUGUUGGGCCAAAGCCGGUCUUGAACAAGCCCAUCGUGCUCAAUGCGGAGGGGAAGCUCGACGGAAAAGAGCCGGAGAAGACCUUCUUGCAAAAAUACUGGUGGGCCAUUGCUCUCUUCAUGGUAGUGCAGUUGGUUGCAGGUGGUGGAGGAGAGAAAUAA